GGGAGGCCGGCCAUCCAUACACUUGUUGUCUGUCGCCUCCUCCUGUCGGCCACUGGCAAGUGUUCGCUCGGCGGCCUCCAGGCAACAGUGUCGCUCUGCCGUCGCCGUCUGAAGCCCCGGCGGAUUGACCGUGUCUUUCUCCGCGCCUGGAUGGAGCCCGGGCCCGAGCGGCGGGCUGGUUGCUAGGGAGCGGCCGGCAGCAGUGCAGUUAAGAUCAUGAAGAAAUAAAGAUGACAUUUAAUUUAGAGCCAACCACUAGCUCCAGAGUGACGGUGAAUUCUAAUUUAACCUAUUGCUACAGUGCUCGGAUAAGAAGUACUGUGUUGCAAGGCCUGCCCUUCGGAGGGGUUCCUACAGUUCUUGCACUAGAUUUUAUGUGCUUUUUGGUGCUGUUGUUUGUGUUCUCAAUUUUGCGGAAGGUAGCCUGGGAUUAUGGGCGUCUCGCACUGGUGUCGGAUUCUGAGAGAAAGAGACGUGGGAAACUACGAGCGGAAGAGCGGGAAUAUGUGGCUUCGGCUUUGCAUUCGGAGAACCAUGACCGAUAUGAGCGCCUGACCUCCGUGUCAAGCUCAGUUGACUAUGAUCAGAGGGAUAAUGGCUUCUGUUCGUGGUUGACUGCUAUCUUCAGAAUAAAAGAUGAAGAGAUCAGAGAGAAAUGUGGCGAAGAUGCCGUCCACUACUUGUCCUUCCAGCGUCACAUUAUCGGGCUACUGGUGGUCAUUGGCGUAUUCUCUGUGGGAAUAGUCCUGCCUGUCAACUUCUCUGGAGAUCUGCUCGAAAAUAAUGCCUACAGCUUUGGCCGGACGACUAUCGCAAACCUGAAGUCUGGGAAUGACCUCCUAUGGCUCCAUACCGUAUUCUCUUUCCUGUACCUGCUUCUCACUGUCUACAGCAUGAGGCGACAUACUUCCAAAAUGCACUACAAGGAAGAUGAUUUGGUAAAACGCACUUUAUUUAUAAGUGGAUUAUCAAAAUAUGCUGAACCAGAGCAUAUAAAACAACACUUUCAGACUGCCUAUCCAGAUUGCCCUGUUUAUGAAGCCCGACUGUGCUAUAAUGUGACCAAGUUAAUGCGUCUCAGGGAAGCCCAGUUGAAAGCGGAGCGCAGUCGUGUGUACUAUUCGAAAGAGGAGACGCCAGUCAUGAUAAACCCCAAGCCCUGCGGUCAGAUCUGCUGCUGUGUGGUCAAAGGCUGUGAGCAGGAGAACGCUGUGGAGUAUUACAUGAGACUGGAGCAGAAACUGAAGGAGGAGUACAUCAAAGAGAAGGAAAAGGUGUACGGGAAGCCGCUCGGCAUGGCCUUCGUCACCUUCAACGAUGAGGCCGCUGCAGCUCGAGUUCUCCGAGACUUCAAUGCUUGUAAGUGUCAGGGCUGCUUUUCCAGUGGAACGCAACAACAGACUUUCAACACUGACUGCCGCGCUACCAAAUGGACUGUGGGCUAUGCCCCUGAUCCGCACAACAUUUACUGGGAAAACCUCCCACUGAAGGGAAUAUCAUGGUGGCUCCGAUGCUUCAUCAUCAACUCCGUCCUUUUCAUUCUACUCUUCUUCUUGACCACCCCGGCCAUUAUCAUUACUACAAUGGACAAGUUCAACGUCACAAAGCCUGUUGAGUAUUUAAAUAACCCCAUCAUCACGCAGUUUUUCCCAACCCUCCUGCUGUGGUGUUUCUCUGCCCUCCUCCCGACCAUAGUUUACUACUCAGGAUUCUUCGAAGCACAUUGGACAAGGUCAGGGGAAAACCGGACAACAAUGCACAAAUGCUACACGUUCCUUAUCUUCAUGGUUUUAAUUCUCCCAUCACUGGGUCUCAGCAGUCUGGAUCUGUUUUUCCGUUGGCUGUUUGACAAGAAGUUCCUGGAAGAAGCUUCUGUACGGUUUGAGUGUGUCUUUCUCCCCGAUAAUGGUGCUUUUUUUGUGAACUACGUGAUUGCUUCUGCGUUCAUCGGAAAUGCCAUGGACCUGCUGCGCAUCCCUGGCCUGCUGAUGUACAUGAUCCGCCUCUCCUUGGCCAAGUCGGCAGCAGAGAGGAAGAACGUCAAACGUCACCAAGCCUAUGAGUUCCAGUUUGGAGCAGCUUAUGGGUGGAUGAUGUGCAUCUUCACCGUGGUUAUGACCUACAGCAUCACGUGCCCCAUCAUCGUUCCAUUUGGUUUAAUGUACAUGCUCCUGAAGCACUUGGUGGAUCGUUACAACAUGUACUAUGCCUACCUGCCCGCUAAACUGGACAAGAAGAUCCACUCUGGGGCCGUGAAUCAGGUGGUGGCAGCUCCCAUCCUCUGCCUGCUCUGUCUGCUUUUCUUCUCCACCGUCAGAACAGGCUUCUUAGCUGCUACAUCCAUGUUUACAUUUGUUGUCCUGGUGGUCACUAUCGUUAUCUGCCUCUCUCAUGUCUGCUUUGGCCACUUCAAAUACCUCAGUGCACAUAACUACAAGCAAACCUCUCCUCCAGCAGAUGCAAUAAGUACAGAGGAUGAAUCCUGUUACAGGACGCUGAUCGACCGCAGUGAGGCGGAUGGAGCAGUGGAAGCAAACGGACUUCGGGAAGGCACUUCGUCCCCACCCAAAGUCACACGGUACAUCGCCCAGGUCUUGCAGGACCCUCAGACGGAGCCCACAGCAGACAAUGAGCAGCCACCUUCGCAGAAGAAUGCCAAGGAAGUGAUCAGCGAAGGAGAGUUCCAGUCCUGCGAAGACAGUCUCAUUGAAAACGAGGUUCAUCAUUAGUGGAAAAUCACAAGGAGCUUUUUUCAUUCAUUGAAAAUAAAAAACAAACAUAAGUACAACGGGUAGGAUCAGGUACCAGGGCAUCGCAGGCUCAGUGAAACUGGUCUGUAACUAAUCCUUGGUACCGUGUAGGUUAUAGCAGUGCAGUGCAAAUUGCUAAACUUGUAGGCACACAAAAUUGCAAAUUGCAAAUUGCAAAAUUGCAAAUUGCUAAACUUGCACUUGUUUUGCUGAUGGGAGAAGCAUAACUGGAAAUAUUAAUGGCAUGAAGGAGAAAAUAAUGAUUUUUUUUUUUAAUCGAUCUCACCAAUUAUUAGCCCCCAGGUCCAUGUGUGUUAGUGGUUGGAAAUGUUGCUACAUCUCUAAUAUUAGUCCAAGAAAAUACUGGAGUGGGAAAUUGGCAACCGAGCCUGGUUACAUAAGCACACAUAAUGUUGCUGGGUGGGUAUGCCCAUGUGUGUGUGCCCAUGUGUGUGUGCCUGUGCGUGUGUGUGCCCAUAUGUGUGUGCCUGUGCGUGUGUGUGUGCCCAUGUGUGUGUGCCUGUGCGUGUGUGUGCGCAUGUGCACAAGGGAAAGAAAUCGUAAAACAAGAGAGAAGCUUUUGGUAUUUUUUAAUCCUUUGAGGUGUAAGAGAAUCAUUAUUAGCAAUUAGUGCACUUUUCCUGUUCAAAUCAUGUUAAAAAAUAAAUGGGUCAACUUUGUGAGAUUAUUUGUAAGUACAUGGUUAAACUUAGUUUAUAUAUUUUUUUUUUAAAGGAGUGGUCCUAAGUUUUGUGUUGCUAUCUCCCUACCAAAUGUAAAUGAGUUCUGAGUGUUGGGUAUCAUCUGUGUGACUUGGGUUGCAUGAAGGAAUGGGAAUCCAGCACGUUCAUGCUUCAGGCUGUGCAAGCUUUCCCAAUUUAUCUGGGGAAACCAUUGGAGAGAUGAGACGUGCACAAACAAGGGGGUGCGGGGGGGGGGCUGAAUGGCAGCGGGCAACAUUGGCCCGGUGUAGACGUACGAUUGCUGUUGAGGCCAAGCCCGAGUUUGCUCUGAGCAUCACCAGCUGAAGUUCUCCACAUGCCAGACGUCCAACAUUUUCCCACUUCCUUCGAGGUUCUAUCUGUGGCCAGUGGACUCUGUCGAUCAAGGGUUGGGCACAGUCAUCACUAAUGCAUUGCCUGGUCAAUAGGCUGGUGAUGUUUUGGGAGAAUGGAGAGGUCUAAUACCCUGGCUGUGUUCACAUUGUAAAACUAUUGAAGAUCCCUAAAGAGCCCCAUGUACCAAAGAUUUCCAAAUCCGUAUCUGCUGCAUUUUUUCAAUUGUUGGUUUCAGAUGGAGCUAUCGGAAGAAUUGAUUGGAAUGCCUGUGCAUUGAACAUGCACAUGCCCACAUUUUGUAAUCAUUGGUUUGGAGCGAGCUAGCUGAAGAACACAUGGGAAUGACCAUGUAUUGACCUUGUGGUUCUAUCACUUAAAGACUGAAGGUCCAGUAUGGCUUUGUCCUGUGUCCCAUCCUUGUGCCUCUCCCACGCUGGAUGUAAACGGUAAUAUUGUCCAGAAGCUCUUAACGAAGCGGUUAUACCUCAGAUGAUUAAAAGCAUAACUAACAUUACCACCUAGAUUGAAUCACUGCAGAUUGAAGUUUGUCCGAGGCUGCUCGUACGGCAAAGCUGGUAGAGGCUGCCCUUGUUAAUGAUGAAAGAAUUACCAACACAGAAUCACCAUUACCAAUUGUAAUGAUUCAGUUGCAUCUCAAGUCCAAUCAGAAUAGUUGUGUUAGCAAUCCAACUAAAGACCCCAACACAAUUAUUUUCCAUAUUUGUGCAAACAAGCCAGAAGUUGCACCACCCAAUUUGAUAUGGUAAUGUUUUUUUUUUUAAGUCUCUACUUUCGCUAUUAAGAAUUUCAUUUCUCCUUCAGCAGAUUGCAGAGAGAGAAAAUGUUUAAGAUGUCUGGGUGCGGUUCAUUAUAUUAGAGAAUGUAACAUUCCUUUUUCACAAGACAUCCACUCACUACUUUUCUUUUGAAAUGUCAUUUACAAUUUGGCCUUGAAAUAAAGAAAUAUUAAUAUUGGGCUAAGUUUGCUGCCUUGAAUGUGCAGUAACUACUCUUUUGGGGGGGGGGGGGGGUGUCAAAGAGAGGUUGCCUUUACAGGAGGCAGAGGAAACUUAGCGUUAGUUCCAGGCUCACUGUCUGCCCAUUGAUGAGCAUAAGGCGACCACUCCCAGGAUAAUGCUGUGUGCGUUGAUUUUUUGAUGGGAUCCUAAUUAAACACGGAACCCAUUUAGCUAGGGUGCCUGCCAUUUGGGACUUUGUGCGAGCCACUUGUCUAGAAACAGCAGGGCUGACCACGGCUAUUUAGCACGAGCCAUCAGAUCUUCAACUUUACAACCACCUAGUGCAUGUUAUGUUGCGUUUGAAAGCUCAUUCUUUUUGUGUCACGGUCAAUGUGAUGGGAAUGACUGGGUAAGGGUUUGUUCCAUGUAAUGUGGGUGAAUGAGCAGAGCUCUGCCCACCCACAGCAUUUCACAAGGUCGACUUCAACGCUGACCAAAAUACCGUUUUUUGUUUUUUUUACUCCCAAGAAAAUUAUGUUUUGGAAUGUGUUGAUUUGGGAUUAACAAUUUGAAGCUUAUCAGCUGUAACAACAUGUCGACUAUUAACUUUUUGUCCAUUCAUGUGUGUGGGUUUUCACACUUGCGGAUGGAGCAUGAGUGUAACAAGGGGUUCUUUAAAGUGUGUGUGGAUAAUGUCCUUGGGUGGGGUUAUUUGUAUAUAUCUGAAUGAACUAAAGUGCAAGCACUGUAUAUAUAAUUAAUAUAGAUCAGCCAAUUGCUUCACAUCUGUCCUGUGGUGCAGUGGUGAUACCUGCAGUAAAUUAUUAAUAGAUAUUACCAUUUGAAGCUGUCUGUUCAUCUUGUACAUAGUCACUUGUGUAAGAAUUUGGAAAUGCUUUUGGGAAAACAUCUGCCUUCUCCACCCGUUGCCCCUUGGCUAUUGAACUCCCAACGAAGGAGAGCAGUACUGGAAUCUAAAUCUCCACUAAGUUCCCUUCCGGGUGCAACCCACCACCUCGGGUUGGCUUGGAAUAACAAGGCCAGGCUGCAAAGUGUAUGGAUAAGGAAGUGGCGGUGAUAUCAUCUGCAGAUGCGCAUGGGAUCUGGGUGAUUACAACAUUGGAAGGGACCUCGCUUGUGGGAUUCAGGAUGUGAAAAUGAACUUAAGGGACCUUUUCCUCGAUCCAUGCCAUGCCAUGCCCGACUUGGAAUACUUGAUUGUUGAAUCUGGGCGCAGGACAAUACAAUCCUCCACAACUGGCAUCUUGUUCCAAAGUGUAUAAGCAACUACAGACACACUGGAGAUGUAUUACUGUUUGAUGGUUUCCAUUUCAAACUAUUGCGCGGUGUGUUAUUUUCGAUACAAGUAACUGGAAUUCCACUUGGAUUUUUUUUUUGUAGAUGGUGUUACCCUUUCAUGUUUCCAGGUAGUUGACUGAUUUCCUGGUUGCCUCUUGUCCGUACUGAAUGAAGUUAAUACUGCUUAUAAAUCACAAAGAAUGAAUCGAA